GUAGUAGCAGCUCGGAAAAUCCAAUGGCAACCUCGUAAUAGAGAUUGUGUAACGCAAUUGUGUUCCCUAAUUAUUUCUUUCUUCGAUUGGUUGAUCUGCUUCCGGGGCAUGUUGGUGUCGAUGAGGAUCACGUUGAGGGGCAUCCAGAGUGAGUUGUAGAGGCAAAAAGGGGAGUGCUUGGUGGAGAUUUCUGAGAUGGGUCUGUGAGAGAGUGUGUGAGUUUUGAGUUUGACUGUGUUGGAGGAUUGAGGGGUUAUGAGAGGCAUUAUUCCUUGGUGGGUUUUGUGAGGGGUGGCUUUGAUUUGCUUGGAUUUGAUAUGGGUGGGUGUUUUCCUUGUUUUGGAUCAUCCAACAAGGAGGACAGUGGUGGGGUGAGGGUGAAGGUGAAGGUGAAGGAGGUUCCCAACAAGGACUCUUCUUUUAAAGAAGCAGCUUCUGUUCUUCCUCAGUCUCAUCAUUCAGAUAAAUCAAAAUCAUCACGAAGUGGCUCAGAUACUAAGAAGGAACCACCAGUGCCGAAGGAUGGCCCAACAGCCCAUAUUGCUGCACAAACAUUUACAUUCCGAGAGCUUGCAGCUGCUACAAAGAAUUUUAGGCCAGAAUGUUUAUUAGGCGAAGGAGGUUUUGGACGUGUAUACAAAGGUCGCCUUGAGAGCACAGGACAAGUAGUUGCUGUAAAACAGCUUGACCGAAAUGGUCUUCAAGGAAAUCGAGAGUUUUUAGUGGAAGUUCUCAUGCUCAGUCUCUUGCAUCAUCCCAAUCUUGUGAACUUAAUUGGUUAUUGUGCUGAUGGUGAUCAGCGGUUGCUUGUUUAUGAAUUUAUGCCAUUGGGAUCUCUGGAGGACCAUUUACACGAUCUUCCUCCUGAUAAGGAACCUUUGGACUGGAACACUAGGAUGAAAAUAGCAGCUGGAGCAGCAAAGGGGUUGGAAUAUUUGCAUGACAAGGCAAAUCCCCCGGUUAUAUAUAGAGACUUAAAAUCAUCCAACAUCCUUCUCGACGAGGGUUAUCAUCCCAAGUUAUCAGAUUUUGGGCUGGCAAAACUUGGUCCAGUUGGUGACAAGACUCAUGUAUCCACACGAGUAAUGGGGACAUAUGGCUAUUGUGCCCCAGAAUAUGCUAUGACUGGGCAACUAACUCUGAAAUCAGAUGUCUACAGUUUCGGAGUUGUCUUCCUUGAACUCAUUACUGGGCGUAAGGCUAUUGACAAUACACGUGCACAUGGAGAGCACAAUCUUGUUGCAUGGGCACGGCCUCUCUUCAAAGACCGGCGAAAGUUCCCCAAAAUGGCCGACCCACUACUUCAAGGCCGUUACCCAAUGCGAGGACUGUACCAAGCACUUGCAGUUGCUGCAAUGUGCCUACAGGAACAAGCUGCUACAAGGCCUCUUAUUGGGGAUGUGGUGACUGCUCUCACAUAUCUGGCCUCACAGACAUAUGAUCCAAAUGCAGCCAAUCAAUCCAACAGGGUUGGCCCAUCAACCCCCAGGGUCAGGGAUGACAGAAGGAGCAUGGCAGAUGGUGUUGACAGCCCUGACCGAGGCCGGCUUGGCUCCCCUUCCACCCACAGAAACUCGCCUGACUUCAGGAAGAGAGACAGCAGGGAUCCGAGUGCUCUAACCGACUUGGCAAGGAGUGAGACCGGCGGUGGAUCAGGGAGGAAAUGGGGAUUGGAUGAUUCUGAAAGGCAGGAAUCUCAGAGAGACAGCCCUGUAAAUACUGCAAGAGCAAGAGAGAGUCCUUGGAACCGCGACCUGGACCGAGAGCGUGCAGUGGCAGAAGCCAAAGUGUGGGGAGAGAAUUGGAGAGAGAAGAAGAAAGCAAAUGCCAUGGGAAGCUUCGAUGCCACGAAUGACUGAGCAGACACCGGAACAAGGAAUCAGCUUGGUGUUGAUCCUGAGGUGAAGAGAUGAGAGAUAUGUAUGAUUGAGUCAGAGAGGAGAGAAUGUGUUGGUUUUCAUGUCUUGAAUCCAACUCUGACUGUUCUCCCACGUCAUUCUGGUAGUUUGUUAGUCAUCAUGUGAAGGAAAACAGUACACAGUUGAAAAACAAAAGGAAAAAAAAAAAACAAAAAUAGGGGUUGGGGGAAGUUAGUGUGGAUUGGGGUAUUUAAAUGUAAUGAUGCUGCAGAAUGAUGAUGAUGUCUAUGUACUAACGAUUUCUAGGUUCAUGUUGCAUAGAGCAGCAAAGGCGUCUAAUUUUUGGCCCCUCAUAUUUGCUUGUAUGAUGGGGGGAGCUUAGUGGAUUGCUGUCACACGUACUCCUACAGUAUCACUUCUGUUGUAUGUCUGAGUCUCUAUGUUUUCGGCUUAUACCACAAAACAAAAAAAAACAAAAAUUAUUUUCCAAA